AUGUCUAAAUCACCUGUCUCGCCUUCUUCUGAGCCUCCCAGCAGACUCGACACGAGGUCUCCGAUAUUUCUACUCAAAUGCCUCCGCAAAUCUCACAGCUCUGGAAAGUCAACCAGCACGUAA